CUUCUUCCGCUCUUCCCCGCGGCAGUAAACAUGGCGACAGGCUAACGAAGUCGCUGCAUGCAUACAGUCGUGAAGGCUUUGGAUUUCUCUUUGGGAGCGUACACAAUACGUUAUACUUUAAUUUAGAUACGCAGAGGUGCGUGUGUGGGGCGUUACGCUCUACGGGUUUCAUUUGAAUAAAAGGGUGAAGGAGACACACCGGCAAAAUGGGGCGACGUUCAACCUCCUCCACCAAGAGUGGGAAGUUUAUGAACCCCACCGACCAGGCCAGAAAGGAGGCCAGGAAAAGGGAGUUAAAAAAGAACAAGAAGCAGAGAAUGAUGGUGAGAGCGGCGGUGCUGAAGAUGAAGGACCCCAGGCAGAUCAUCAGAGACAUGGAGAAGCUGGAUGAGAUGGAGUUCAACCCAGUGCAGCAGCCUUUGCUGAAUGAGAAAGUGUUGAGGGACAAGAGGAAGAAGCUCCGCGAGACAUUUGAACGCAUCGUCCGUCUGUACGAGAGAGAGAAUCCCGACACCUACAAGGAGCUACGCAAACUGGAGUUGGACUACGAGACCAAACGAGGGCAGCUGGCUCUUUAUUUUGACUCAGUCAAGAAUGCGGAGUCAGUGGAGGUCGACAGUAUCCCUUUACCAGAUAUGCCUCACGCCCCCUCCAAUAUCCACAUCCAGGACAUCCCACUACCAGGAGCUCAGCCUCCCUCCAUACUGAAGAAGAACACCUCUUUUGGUAAAGGACCUCUGUCUUCAUCUACUGGACCGGUUUUGGCAACAGCGCCAGGCGUGCCACGUUUACCUCCAGGGAAGAAGCCUCCUGGGCCCCCACCAGGGCCUCCACCUCCACAGGUCCUUGCACUGUACGGCAUUCCUGCUCGACGAGCUUACGGCGCAGACACAGAGCCUUCCAUUCCCGGUUUAGAAAAGGAUGCUGCGAUGGAAUUAGGGAGAGAUCGGGACAGCGGCAGCGAGAGCGACAGAGAUCGUGACGACGUGGACGACGACGAAAGUGACUCUGAGGAGGACAGCGAAGAAGAGAGAGACGAAGGGGGUGAUGGCGACCAGAGAAUGAGUGUGGACAGACAGGAUGAUGAGAGGGACAGAGAGGAGGAUAGAGACAGAAACGAUAGACAUGCUGGUCGCAGUGUACGUUUCGCGGACAUGCCUCCAGAGGCACCCCGUGAAGGAAAGAGGAAAAAGAAGAGGCUGGUGAAGAAGACAAAGGCCAUCACCCCUCUGCAGGCCAUGAUGUUGAGGAUGGCAGGUCAGUCAGUGCCUGAAGAGGAGGAAGAAGAAGAGGUAGAGGAGGAAUACACAGAUGAAUCAGACAGCUCCGACAUCGAGGACAGGGGACCACCAGGGGAGAGUCAGCCCCACCUGAUGCCGAAUCAGCGCCUGCCUCCUCCUGCUGGGCCAGUGGGACAGCAAGGGCCUCCGCACUUGCAGGGUCCACCAAUGACUGGACCUCCGCCUCUGGGUCCACCCCCUGCUCCUCCAAUGAGGCCUCCUGGUCCACCAUCUGGCCCGCCUCCUGGCCCACCACCAGGCGCUCCUCCAUUCUUGAGGCCUCCUGGUAUACCUGGAGGCAUGAGGGGUCCAAUGCCUCGUCUUCUGCCUCCUGGACCUCCACCAGGUCGGCCCCCAGGCCCUCCACCAGGGCCCCCUCCCGGCCUCCCACCAGGCCCCCCACCACGAGGACCCCCUCCCAGACUACCACCCCCAGCACCACCAGGUAUCCCACCUCCUCCCCCACGAGCAGGAGGACCCCCGCGUCCACUUGCCCCUCCACUCUCCCUCUUCCCUCCACCUCUGAACUCCAACGUGCUCAGCGCUCCUCCCAGCAUCGUGCAGCGACAAAAAGGCUCCGGAUCCAACCAGGAUGGUCCGCCGAGCAACCUGCCGCCCCCUGCCAUGCCCAUGCGACCGGGUGUCAUGCAGAUGCCUCCUCCCCCAGGAACAGCUGCCGCUUCCACGGGCCCCAACCCCGGCAGCAACCCCCCCGGCCACCACCAUGCAGCCACCAUCGAAAAGCGAGCCAACAUCACCUCGGUGGCAGCGGCUGGAGGCAGCCUGGCAGCAGGCGCCGGCUCUGGCGGGGCCACCAUCUCCGCCAAACCUCAGAUUAUCAAUCCAAAGGCGGAGGUCACCCGCUUUGUGCCCACUGCGCUGAGGGUGCGUAGGGACAAGAGCGGAGCAAUGCCCGGGGCGGCGCCUGGGCCUCUGGAGAAAGCAGGCGGUGGUGUUGGAGGAAGGAGGGGAGAUGAAGGCAUGGGAGGGGGACUGGGGCAGAAACAGCAGGCAGCAGCUGCUCCCAUGGGCCUGGUCAACCCAGCCCAGAUGGGUGCUGUGUCUCAGCCCAACAUGAAGACUAAGGACCAGGUGUAUGAAGCCUUUAUGAGAGAGAUGGAGGGACUCCUCUGAGACUCAGGAGGGCAGUCGGAGCGGAUGUUCAGCGGGGCGCUCUGAACAAAAGGAGUGUAUUUGUUUUCUGUGUUUCCUGUGCAGUUAUAGCCGUAGCUGUCGUCGAGGCAGUCCGCUAGAUCAGUUUCUCUUUAGUAAACCAACGAAAGGCUGCGACACUCAGCACUGGUCUCACCAGGCUCAUCAUCAUUUCAUCUGGAUUAUUAUUUGUUUUAUUGAAGAGUGGGAAUUUGAUGUACUCAAGAAAUUGCUGUUUGAAGGCAACUCUCUAAAAGAACACUAUUCUCUGCAAUGAAAAAACAAAUGCCAGAAACUACAGAGUGCUUUUUGUCCUCCAGUAUGUUUUUUUAUUUUUCCUACAACUGCGUUUUUCCUCCAGCCAACUAUUUGUGAUUUGCCAUGACCAGAAAAGGCAUUUUGUAUGAUUGUUAUUUUAUUGGUGGUCUCCUAAACAUGUUGGACAUCAGAAUUAAGGAUUGUGGAAUGUUCUGACAAAGUUACACGUCUGAAACUGUUUGAUCAGCAGCUAAAUAAAUACUUUUUACCUCA